GCGAAAGUGCACGGCCCACCGCCACCUAUGGGCUACGGCCUGUUGAAAGACCUAACCAAUAUGAAGCAGAUGACCCAUGUACAGAAACGCAGCUUUAAACGUGCUUAUGCACGAGCCCUACGAGAUGGUGUUGCAUGGUACCGUGGACAGCUGAGCACCAAACAGCUCAAAAAGCAGCGUUUUUUUGAUCUGCUUGAGUCAGUGCAACGUGCUGCCAACCGCCACGACAGUUUUGAGGUUCAUCAGAUCAUCAACAAAUACACCCCAAAGCAGCCCAAAAAGAAGAUCCAGUUGCGCAAUGAAGAUGGCACACCAGCAUCACCGGAUGAGGCCUUGCAGCUCACCCGGACCUUUGUUGAGGAAAUUUGGCAUGGCCCUGCCCAGGUUGACCUAGGAGAUGCCAUCAGACGUGUUGCAGCCCACUGUGAGGAAGUCAGAUGCCUUGUGAAGACCCAAAGCCAGAGAACUCAGCUCCUGAGACCUGAUGACAUUGUGCUCACAGUUGAUUGGAGUAACCUACAACAAAACUUGCAGCUCAUGACUGUGGCCCUUGAGGUGCAAGCACCCUUGAAUCCAUAUGCAGACAGCUCCUUGGAGGUGCGUCCAUGUGACCAACGCGUGAACCUCGAUGCCCUCCUGCGAGAAGAAGAAGAAGCGCGCAUUUUGCGCCUGCACCAGGGACUCACUGAGAACCUGAUGAGCAAGCCCUUUGGCCCAGAUCUGAUACAGCUGAUCAGGGACCGAAACUGGAACAGCCUGGUGGACCAUCGACAGGUUGCCAUGAUGCUCUUGUAUAUGCCAGCUGAAACAGGUCAAGUGGACUCUCCACCGAAGGAAGCCCUGCGGUGUGAGGUCUGUGGCUUCAGAGCGCAUAGCAUUCAUGAUAUUCACAGGCAUUUGGCUGACACCCAUCGUCUGGCAUUUCAUGAUUGGCAACCGGAGAGGGACUUGAUGGGAAGUGAUCCAGCCUGCUCACACUGCGCCAAGUGUUUUGCAGAUGUUUCAGCAGUGCGGCAGCACGUGACGUUGGGACAAUGUUCGAUGUUCGACCCAAACCGGUCCCCAUAUUUGUUGCCGAUUGCCCCAAUUUGGAAUCAACUUUUUCAAACUGGUGACCUUCAGCCAUUCUUGAUGGACCCCAUGGUCAGAAUGCGCAUGACGUUGCGCUGUGCCCAAUGCGAUGCCCGCUACACAAGGUCCAAUGACUUAAUGUUGCACCUGCAAACUGCUCACUCAGCUAUGUGGACAAGAGCCCAGGCGCUGACGAGGUUCCUCCUGAAGGUCUGGUUGCCUGAUCACUCAUGUGUUUGCAACCCAAGUCUCAACAAGGUCACCUUGACCCAUGUGUGCCCCUUUUACCGCCAGAUUGCCAUGUUGGCAACAAGAUCGACAGUGGAGAUUUUUCUCCCCUGGCCUGCAGACAGAGGAGCACUUGAAUCCAUGUUGAGCCACAGCCAUCGAAAUGCGGCCUGUGCCACCCUGAUGGAAGCAGUUCAUGUUAGACAAGUGCGCAUGAUCUUGCGGGACCCGGCACUGCAGGAAUUCCUCAGGGAGCACUGUGUACUAUGUGGUGGAGCUUUUCAUCCAGCCCUCUUGAGAGACCAUGUGCUGCAGGUCCAUGCCUCAAAGCUGGAAGAUGUAACAGAUCUCCUACCGUUUUUGUAUGAAGAAUACACACAAGCGGCCCACACAGACUACCAAUGUGCACAGCGCAACCAAAUCUUCAAUUUGCCCUUGCUUGGAGACCCACAGCUCUCAGAACAACACGCCAGGCAGACUUUGGUUCUAGCCCAUUUUCAACAGUGCCCAGUCAUCCAUCAAUUGUGCCUUUUGCUGCAACAUGGACGCCCCAGAAGGAGCGACACUGACCGGCCAAGAAACCCAGGAGCUUCUGGAUGCCUUCGGAGCAAUGGCCCCUUUGCUGAAGAAGUCCAACAUGGAAGCAAGCGACGGAGGAAGGGACCACAAGAAGGCCAAGACUCAGCACAAGCCCAAAGAGACAGACAAGCACUGCACGUCGAUCUCCAACAGGUGGUGCAACAGAUGGCCAGACUUCUGCUGCGCCUGGACAUGGAUCAGAACCUGAUGAGAAGACAAGACUCCUUCGUCUUCUACAUGCAAAUGGAGCCGGAGUCCGUGAUCCAUGUGCUGAGCGCCAAGGCCAAGACAUGGCAUGCAGAAGUGACCCAACAGACGGGCCAAAUGAAGACCCAAGAAUGGAGGCCACUCCGAGCCACCCUGAUGAACACCCUUGCACUGACCUUGCAGCACCGCCUGAUGAAGCUGUACCAGAGCCAGCCAUCGGAUCCACUCUUUCAGACAGCCCUGCAGCAUCGGCUUCUGAACGACAAAGGGGAGUUCUACUUUCACAGAUGGGACGCGGCCAGUCAAUCCCUGACACAAACCGACCAGACACCAGUGCCCAUGGAGCGCAUGAAGCGGUAUGUGGACCAGUUGGUGGAGAACACAAUGGAUCCUGCCAAUACAAUCAAAUUCCACAGCUUGAAGCCCUCCGAUCAGAGGAUGACACCGUGGCUCCUGCAGAUCUCCCUGCGGUGCGACGAACUCCAGACGUUGUUGGAGGCACUGGUGGGCUGCAAGAUUUGGCAAGAGUACAGGGAAGGGCAAACCCACCAAGUGAACCCUGCUGCCACAUGGGAGCGCCUGGUCCUCAUGGACGCCCUCAGCCGGCUGACCCUCAGCAACACGGGCAACCAAUGCUUUGUGAAUGCUGCUGUGAUGGCGACACUUUGGGCAAUUCUGAGCCGGGUUGAUUUUCAGUUUUCGGACUUGGGGCCAGAGGCCACCCUGAUUGCCAGCAGUAUCAUGUCAUUUUCACUGGGUCCUCUUACCCUAGCUGAUCAGACGUGGUUCCAAGAUGUGUUGCACUCAUGGCCAAACCCCACAAAUCAGGGUGAUCCAGUGGAGUUUCUUUCACAUGUUCUCAGGGGAAUGCAUUUUGGCGGCUUCAACAUGAAGUGGGAACGUCGAAUGCAAAUCAAUGAAAUCAUCCGUGUUAUGGACCACAACGAUGCCUUGCGUCCAAUCACGGUACAAUUUGAUGAACUUGACCCAGAUGCCAUCCAGCAUGGUUACACGGCACUGCAGACGAUGAUCAACUCAUGGGAAUCUCAAUAUGGCAUGCAAACAGCAUUGACUGAUCCGACAGCUUUGGUUUGCAUCCAUGUUGACCGCUUCGUCCACCAAGGCAAAUCAUCAGUGACGAAAAGUGAGCGCCCUAUUCACUUCCGUGGAAGCCUGACUUUGCCAGUGUUUGACAAUACAGGACUUACAAUCAGCAGACGUGGAUACCAGUUACUGUCGGCCAUAGCUCACUUAGGUGCUGAUGAAGAGGGUCAUUGCAGGGCUAUUCUCAAAACGUGGCCUCAGGCCGCCCCAAACCAGGUCAAUUUUCUGGUCACUGAUGAUGGACAGCCGCCGCAGAGGAUCUGGGAAGAACCGAUGUGGUUCAAGCAGAAUGUGACCUGCUUCCUGUUCUGCGACUGUGACAGUUUAGACCUUUUCAGAAUGCCAGCCCUGCCUGACCCUGCACCUGAGACGCCAACCACAGAUUCCCCUAGUCCUGCAGACCCAGAGCUGAACACCUUGCAGGAGCUACAGCAACGCAUCUCUGCACAGAUGCACACCUGUGAAAGCAGGGUGGUGCGCCAACCCAUACGGAAGGACACCACGAAGAAAGCACGGCUACGAUUCUUGACAUGGAAUCCAGGUGGAAUGGCACAAGGCAAACUAGUGGAAAUGCGCCAAUGGCUUCAACAACAUCCACAUGAUGUGGUGGUCUUACCAGAAACCAGGUGGGCACGGCACUGCAGAUUUCAGACACUCUGUGCAGAAGCACAAGAGGCAGCUGAGGCACAUGAUGCACAUGCCAUGUUUCAAAUCAUCAAUCGGCACACACCCAAACGACCCUUGGUGCGGGCUCGCAUCAAAACAGAGGAUGGCAAAAUUGCAGACCAGUACAUGGCACACAGAAUGACACUUGAGCAUGUGGCUCAUACCUGGCAGGGACCUGAAGACCUGCAACCAAUUUCUGAUUGCACUCCAGGCGUCCCCAUUGCAUUAGAAGACAUUGAGCAGGCCAUCAUGUUUUUCAUGCACAUGGACUUGAACUGCCGCUACAACUCCUUGCCAGACAUGUUGCCCGAUAUUGGCAGCGGCUGCAAAGGCAAUGCACCGGUGUCCGUAUUGUUCCUUUCAAUCACAAAGCAUUCCAAACCUGAGGUCAGCGAUACCACACCAGUGGUGCACAUGACUGGGAAUCCUACAGUUGGGGAAUCCACCGGGGUCACAACACCAGCGUUGGCAGUUGAUGCCGAAGGCCCAUCCAUAUCACAGAUGCGAUCAUCAGAUAUUCAGCUUGCGGUCAUGACUGUGGCACUCUUGCAAUUGCUCCGCAUGAACAUGACUGACAAGGCUGAUGCUAUUAAGACAUGUAUCAUUUGUGAUCAAGUUUUGGAAGGGUUGGGCCCACUUCAUCGACAUUUGAGCAGUUUGCACAACAUCAGUGUCAACGAUUGGUGCCCUUCCAGGGACUCCUUACAGAAUUCAGAUGCAUGCUCUCACUGUGGCGCCACAUUUCUGUCGCGCUCUGGAUUGCAGCGUCACAUAUUGGAUGGAAAGUGCCAAUUCUUCAAUCCAGCAGCAUCACCGCAGACACUGCAGGCGGCAGACAAGUGGCAGGAGAUCAUGCAUCAUGGGGAUCUCACCAGAGCGGUCUUGAGCCCAGCACAACGACAAGAUCUUACGCUGGUAUGUCAGCUCUGUGGGGCCAGGUAUGGACGCCAGAAUGAUUUGGGAGCACAUCUGAUGCAAUCACAUGGAGCCUUAUGGAAGAGUUCCCAAGAGAUGUUGCGCUUUCUCAUUCAGACCGUGCAGGCUAGACAUGGACUGCAUUGCUCUUGCAACCCAUCCAUGGACGACACACUGAUGGAACUCGAUCCCUACGAUCAAGAGCUGCUGGAGUCGUUUCGACAAUUGGGACCGCUGCUUCAAGCGGCCAGCCAAUACAAGAGAGACAAGGACGAAGAGCCGCAAUUCAAAAGAGCCAAACAAGAAGCAGAACCAAACGGCAACGAACUCAGCACGAAUCGUCAGCAUAUCCAAGGAGCCAUGAUGGGAAUGAUGAAGGUGAUGGCCACAUUGAUCCUUCAACACGAAAAGAGCAUACAACUUCUCCAUCGACAAGACUCAUUCAUUUACUUCUGUCAGGUCAGUCCUCAAGGGGCAGUGCCGGUGCUAACACAGUUGGCGGUGGAUUGGAAGAACCUGAAGCAGCAGAACCCGGACAGUCCGGCCAUCCCCACGAUGCGCACCUUUCUGUUUCGGGGCAUGAUCAAGGAAGUGCACUUGAGAGUUCAAAAGAUGGGGAAGAGCCGCAAGGGAGAGGACCUCUGGGACAAGGCCAUUCAACGGGGGAUCUUGCAGCAAGACGGCUCUUGGACCUAUCAGAAGUGGAAUCCCGAGGAGAAACGAUUGGUGCAGGCAGCGAAAUCAGCACUGCCGAUGGACCGGCUGUUGAGACAGCUUCAGCACAUGGAGGAGCUAUUGGAGGACAACUCUCAUGUCAUCCGAUUUCACUCCCUGAAGGCCCAGGCCACCAUCGUUCCUUGGUAUCUCCAAAUCAGCAUGCGGCAGGAGGAGUUGUGGCUAAUCUUGGGGGAGUUGCAACAGUUGGGAAUGUGGAGCCUCCUGGGCUUAUCCAUGAAAGCCCACAGCCAAUCUCAAUCCAAGCAGGUGACCAAUCUCAGGGCCAUUAUCAGGUUGACCCAGUUUGCUGGCAGCCCAGUGGCAGCGAGAGCAGGGCAUGCUGCUUUGAGUUACCACCAGGCCUCUGCAACCUCAGCGAGUUCGCAUGAGCGCCUGCAAGCAGGGCGUUUGAUGGGCAAGGGGCCUCAGUGGAAAGAAUCUCUUCAGCAGGCUCGUCUUCGGUAUGUGAAGCGAUACUUGGACUAUUUGCGCCGCGCUCGUCAUACCAAAAAGAGCUGCUUGCUGGUGACGCACGGCUACAUGGUACAAGCGUGUGCGAGCGUGCUGCCAGUAAACCAGCAUCGUAAGAUAGUUUCAGUUGACUAUUGCGGUGCCGCAGUUGCUGAAUGCCACAGGCUGGUAAAGGAUCGUAACCGCCCUGACGCGUUUCUUCCUGCGAGGGCUGUUUCAUUUGAUUCUGGAAAGCAUCAAGCUGAAAAAGAAGAGCAUGUCCAAAAUCAAUUCGACGAGAAGAACGAACUCAUCCAAGAUGCCAAGAUGAGAUAUUGGACCCUCUUUUUGCGUGGCGUCCGACAUGUUCCUGCAGCCGCACCCUCAAAUGGAUCGCACCUAUCUGGAUUAAGUGCAGAUCUAGGUCAAAGUUGGCAAGACUUAGUGAAAUUGCUUGGGGUGUUACCUCCGGUGGCACCUGCACCUUCGGACAGUCACAGUGAGAGCGCGUGCAGUUUCGGGACUCGCACGGACACGACCUUCUCUAUGAAGAUGAUUCGAGAUCCUGACUCUGCGCCAAAGUCUCCCAAAAACGAGCACUGCGUGACAGUGGAAAGGACAGAAGUGACUCAAAACGAGCAACCUUCUGCUCCCAAACUGAAGUUGCUCACAUCUGGGUUGGCUGCGCGGCGCGGCUUCAACCAGUCCAAAGUGCCUGCCACUGUUGUCGAAGAUCAGGACUAUUGGGUCUGCGAUCUUCUUGCCAUGGUGGGAUGUUGGCUUGUCAGAGGUGCGACCAGAAGCUUAGAAGCUUCAGCUCGCUUCAAUCGCUUUGCUCCAAGUGCCCUGUGGAGUCUUUCAGGAGCUACUGUCAUGGAUUACAUCACCUAUGCCCAGGGAACCUUCGACCUGGCAGGCAUACUGUGCCCGGGAUGCCGAACGAGCCACGGUGGGCGACCCCAGUGUGACCACUUUGGGAUGCCAAUAGGACACUGCAGUGCAUCUGCAAAGAGGGAUGCGCACUCAGAUGCCCCUACUCUGUCCUUGAAGUCCUGGUCAGCUACGCCGGCCUUAAGGGAUCGCCAACGAUCCGGAGCCCUUCAAUACAUCCGGAAGGGCUGGGCAGUGAGCCAAGUUGGCUACUUGGGACGUCGGAGAAGCAACAUUAUACUGGAAUACGCCCAGGAAGCCUUGGAAUCAAUGGCCGUCAAUGUGGGCAUCGCCUUUGGACACAACGAUUACAUGAAGGACGCCGCAACAGUAGAGAAGGAGAUAUCAUCGUUGGCGAACCGCCUUCCAGCAACAUCACAGAAUGCGGAAACCCUGAACCCUGAAGACAGGCGCAUGGUGGUCACGAAGUUGGCCAAAGAGCUCAACUUACUCAAGGCGGAAUCUAAGGACGCAGUGACGGGUUUGAACGACGCCAUCAAAGAGCUGGAGGUGAAAUUGGCCAACAACACGAAGUACUUGCCGCCACUGGUCAGGUUCAGCUUCCACCCCUGGGCACAGGUUGAUCCACAAACGGGCACUGGAAGUUGUUGCUCCUGGCUGAAGAUUUUUGGCGCCGCAAAGGCUCUCACAUGGUGGAGAGAUACAACGGACCCGGUGGUUCUCAAUAGUCCCUGGCUACGACGGGGAACCGGACGGUUUUUCCGGGCUCUUUUUACUCUUGGUCAGAUUGGCGCCUGGCUAUGCAUGCUGCUUCCCAAGCCAGCCGUGGUGUGGGCCAAUGCUUUUCCAGAAGCAUCACAUGGCGGUAUGAACAGGGACAUCCCUCUUUUUGCGCUGAUGGCUGUUUGUCUAGCACUCAGUUCAGGGACUUCCCUUUGGACAAGCCGUGAAAGCUUCAGAGGUAGCAUGUUCUUUGGGAUUGGCAGCGCAAUCAGUGUCCAGCUGCUCUCAGCACGAGGGCACUACCACUACUUCGCACACGAGUUCUCUUUCAGUUUCGUUAUUGCAGUGAUGUGCCACUGCAAUGUUCAUCCUGCGGUGUUGUUCCUGGUGGUUUUUUACCAUUUCCUUCGCAUGUCAGGGGACGAUCUAAUCCAGGGUCAGUCCCUCGUUACCUGUUUGAGUGUCAUGACUUUCGAGUGCACGAUGUUGGUGGCUCUAACUUGGGAUUUCACAUUACGUGUCAAGGCGGUUUGUUCAGGCGUUCUCUUCGGUGAGAAUGAUGAGGUGCUUGAAAGCCCGUUAGCCGGGCGCUCCGCACGCAGAGUCUGUUGGGUUUCUGGUGUCAAUCAAUGGAUUUUGUGGGCCGCAACCAUGAUCCACAACAGUGUUGAAUCCACCCGGCAAGACGCAGUUUUUCUUCGGAACCACAUUCCUAUCUGCAGCGUUGCAGAUUUCGCAAUGGCCUUCUUCUGUUGCGUGCCUGCAAUGCUUCUGAUGGUGAACUUUCGAUUAGCUCGCAUUGAAUACAUGCACAUGGAAACAAAACUCCCCUCUUGGUACGAUUUCCAGGCAGAAACGAUUGGCCGGAGCUUUCUGCUUUAUACCUCUGGCAUGCAAACUUUGAUACAAGCCGGCUGCCACCCGAUGAUUUGUGCUGCAGCAGCCGCAAGCCUAACGGCUGCCAGUGUUGUGAUGUGGCCAUUUGAGUUGAUCUGCCAGAUUCUCGGGAGCUUCAUCGUGCCUUCGCCCGUUGUCAUUCAGAGCGCGCUGGCUUGGUUUCUGGUAGUGAGCCACCUGAUCGACUUCUUUGCUCGCAUGCGUGCCAUAGAGAGAGGAAUGCAGCAGAGCCAUCAGAAUGCUGCUUCUGCACAGAGGCUUCUAGCCUGCGAGAGGGAUGGAGUGGAACUACCGGCUAUCAACCAGGAGGUUAUGCAUUGCGAAGAUCCGUCCUUAGAAGUUCUUGCUGCUCCUUCGGGCCCAUCCAAGCACGGUCCAUCAGCCGUAGUCGCCGUGGUGAGGCAUGCAGAACGAGCAGACAACAUGCAGACUUUUGAUACCUGGGGUUGUUCGAAAGAUGCAGAGAACUUUCCACAUGAUCCACCCAUCACGGCAAGAGGUGCUGAACAAGCAGAGCAACUGGCCGAUGAGCUGAAGAUGAAAGAGAUUGAUUUCGAAGUCAUCGUUUCUUCCCCGUUCCUGCGUUGUUUGCAAACUGCCUUGAUCUUGGCCGAGAAGUUUGAUGCGAAAGUUUUGAUAGAUCAAGAUUUGGGAGAAGUCAUGGGGCCGCCGGUGUUUGAAACAAAGCCACCACUGCCUCCUAGGCCUUGGAGCAAUCU